AGCAGCGGCGGAGCUGAGCGCCGCUCAGUGCCCUGGAUCCGCGCACCAUGGGCGGCAAGAGAGUGUGCAUCGUGGGCUCCGGCAACUGGGGCUCGGCCAUCGCCAAGAUCGCGGGCAGCAACGCGGGGCGGCUGCGCACCUUCGAGGACCAGGUGAAGAUGUGGGUGCUGGAGGAGCAGGUGGGCGGCAGGAGCCUUACCGACAUCAUCAACACCGAGCAUGAGAACGUCAAGUACCUGCCAGGGCACAAACUGCCCCACAACGUGGUGGCAGAGCCAGACCUACUGAAAGCCUGUGCUGAGGCUGACAUCCUCCUCUUCGUGGUGCCACACCAGUUCAUUGGCACAGUCUGUGACCAGCUCAAGGGCCACGUGAAGAAGGGUGCCGUGGGGAUGUCCCUCAUCAAGGGAGUGGAUGAAGGCCCAGAUGGGCUGAGGCUGAUCUCAGACAUCAUCCACGAGAAGCUGGGGAUAGAGAUGAGCGUCCUGAUGGGAGCCAACAUCGCUAACGAGGUAGCAGAGGAGAAGUUCUGUGAAACCACCAUCGGCUGCAAAAACCUGCAGCAUGGGCAGGAACUGAAGGAGCUGAUGCAGACCCCGAACUUUCGGGUGACAGUAGUGCAGGAAGCUGACACCGUGGAGAUCUGUGGGGCUCUCAAGAACGUGGUGGCUGUCGGGGCUGGGUUCUGCGAUGGGCUGGGCUACGGCGACAACACAAAGGCUGCCGUCAUCCGCCUGGGGCUGAUGGAGAUGAUCGACUUUGCCAAGCUCUUCUGCAAGGGCCCUGUCACCCCUUCCACCUUCCUGGAGAGCUGUGGGGUCGCCGACCUCAUCACUACCUGCUACGGUGGCCGCAACCGCAGAGUGGCUGAAGCCUUUGCCAGGACUGGGAAGUCCAUCGAGCAGCUGGAGCAGGAGAUGCUGAACGGGCAGAAGCUGCAGGGUCCCCAGACGGCUGCGGAGCUGCAUCGCAUCCUUAAGAGCAAGAAGGUGGUGGAGAGGUUCCCCCUCUUCACAGCUGUGUACCAGAUCUGCUACGAGGGCAAACCUGUCACUGAUGUCAUCAAGUGCCUGCAGAACCACCCCGUGCACAUGUAAGGGCUCACUGACCCUGCUGGGGUGGGGGCAGAGCUCCUGCCCACACCCACUGGCCCUGCUGCUGCAGCUGUGUGGGCAAUCCAGGUCUGCUGGUGGCCUCUGCAGUGCUGGGAGGGCAGAGCUCCCCUUCCUCAGCACAGGACACUGCUAGUCUGAGCCUGGCAUCGUGGCAGAGGUACCUGCUGAUCUCCUUCCCUCUUUGAAGGGCUCAUUUUGCUUCUGCUGCUGUCUCAGGGCUGAGCAUCUUCCUCUUUUCCCUUCCUCUAGCCACGGUGGGUUCAGUUCUCUGCAGGUCUCUGCCAGGUCGCUCAGCUGGGCAGGACUGGUGCAGGAGGCACUGCUCAGGGGAGGGUGGUUGAGAAGCUUUCCUGCUAGCCCACACGGGGCCACUUUGCAUGAUCCCAGCACCUUCCUGCUGGCUGCUGCUGCUGCUUUGGGCUUAGCUGCCUCGUGGUGAGGGCACAGCUCCCUUGCCAGGCUCCACCAGGCUGGCUGAAGCUCCGUGGGGCUAACAAAGGGGCUGGAACAGGUUGCCUGGGGACGUGGUUGAGGCUCCAUCCCCGGAGACAUUCAAGCUCAAACUUGAUGUGGCCCUGGGCAGACAGUUGGAGCUGUCCCUGCUGACUGCAGGAGGGUUGGAGUCCCUUCGAGGGUCCCUCCCAGCCCGAUGCCGUCUGUGACUCUUCCUCCUCGGAAGCACCAGCACAGAAAGCAGAGCUCUUUGCCACUCUGCCGUGUGCUGCUCCCACAGCCACCACUCACUGCUGCUGCCCAGCAGCGUGGCCACAGCUCUGCGUGUGAGAAGCAGCCCCAGAGUCAGACUUCAGAGUUUGUUUACUCAGUUCUUGCUCUCCUGGUCCCUUACCCCUGCCCCCCACCCCGGGGAACUCCCCUGUUGGCACAGCUCUGCCUGUGCUAAUUCUGUGCCCACGGACUGUGCCCAGGCAGCCUCCCUCCCUCCUGUCACUUGGCUUAGCUUCAGCAAUGCAGGGACCAACUGCCCCAAAGCCUUUCUGAGCAGCCUGUGGGCUGUGUACCCCCUGGCAGGGUACCUGCCCAAGCAGCUGGCUCACUUUGCUGCCAGGUGAAUGACCCACAGCAGCUUUUUGCCUUCUCUCUGCCUUGCCCCAGUCUGUGCCUUAGCCUGGUCUUGGCUCCUUCUGCCUGUGGCUUUCCAGGAGCUGUGAAAGCAGGUCCCACACUCGCCUGCUGCUGCUGCUGCCCCUCCUGCGAGGGGAGAGGGAGGGUUGGAAAAUGCCCAGCAGCACAAAGGGCAGCAAUGGACAUGACCCACGAGAGGGACACAAGGAGACCUCCAACAUCAGCACAGAGGACAGAGGUCUCCUGCCUUGUGCUGUGCCUUGGAAACGUUCCCCUUGUCCAGCUGCCUGCUGCGUGCCUCCCUCUGCUCCCCUGGACUUGGCUCUGCUCCUGUUUGCUCAGGCCACUGUGGCCAGCAGGUCACUGACCCUCUCUGGGCUGGCAGAAGAGAGAUGCUGCAGGUCUCCCUGCCCAUCCCCCGUUCUCUGCCCAGCAGUGGCCUCUAGGAUCACUGAAAGCAACAAUAAACCUGGAGAGGAGAAGGAAAACCACA